UCUUUCGUGAAAAAGCAGUUGAUUUUGGAACAUAAACCCAUAAUUCAGACUACAUUCAAACCACUAUAAAUUAGUGCUCUAUUUUAGAAGUCGAACCUUUACGUUAAGUUACUUUGAAAUUACAUUUUUUGACAAAGCCUAAACGGCAUCAGUUAAUCAAUUUUUUUCAUUAUUGUUUUAAAAUGCAGUGAAGUAGAGCAAUAUAUUGACUAGUGAAAUGUCAGUGCUGUGUCAUUAAGCGAGGUUUUCACUUUUCAGUUAUUUGUUUAUUUUAAUUAUUGUUGUUAUUAUUAUUGUUUUCCAUUUCGGCAGGUGGAGAGGCAUAAACCGAGCCAACCCUGUCCGUUGAAGGGGCGUUGGAGAAUUGAAGUAGGAAUGUGCAGCGCGUGCGGUUGCUAGCGAAUGACGGACAAUAUGGACGCCCCGCGGGAUGUUCAAACUUCCAAGCGAAACUGUAGCUCCAAGUCAUUGUUUUCAGCCAGUUCUGCGGUGGCUAUGGAGAUUAAACGAAAAAAAAUACGACAGAGCUCUUUAUUCUUGCAAACAGAGGACACAAGCGUGAAACGAUGCCCAAAGCUUUUGAACGACACCCAGCAGAUUGUUGACAACAUGAAUUUGUUGUAUAUACGACAGAUUUCUGGGAAGCUGCAGAACACAAACAUACAAGAGAAGCUUGGCUUUGAGAUGCGAAUGCGAGAGGGGGCCUACAAGCUGCUGCUUGCAUGCAGCAAGAGAGAACAGAUUCUUAACGCCUCCAAGAACCUGCUGACCUGCAAUGCCAGGAUCCAGGCUUAUCUCACCCAGCUGCAAAGGGAGAAAGAGGAGCAGGAUAUGGUGGGAGCUGUCACAAGAGUGGCAAGUUCUGCUACAGGUGGUCGUCUGCCCUGUCAUGGUACCGUUGCUCUGUCUGGCUUGCGGAUUCCUUUGAUAUGGAAGGAUUCAGACCACUUUAAUAACAGAGGAAGCUCUCGUCGGGUUGCUGUGUUCUGUCUGAUGCAGAUUGGCUCCGAGGUGUUCGACACAGAGAUGGUUGUGGUGGACAGAUCUGUCACUGACAUCUGCUUUGAGGGAGUCACCAUCUUUAAAGAGGCAGUUCCUCAGUUUGAACUGAGGGUGGAGCUGUGGAGCUGCGCCCUAGAGGAAGAGCUCACUUUGGUAAACACACCAAAGAAAUUGGCAAAGAAGCUACGUAACUCCUUUGGAAAGACCUCUGGAAAGAAGCUCUGCUCCCUGCUGGACACUCCAGAUCCUGACACUUUCCUGCAGAAUAACCCCAUACCCUCUGGAGCUAAAUACAGCCUGCUGGCCUACACAACGCUGGAUCUGGCUGAGGCUGAAGGCACCUUUCAGUCUCACUCCCUCAUUGUCCUCCAGAACGCUGAGUGGUCCUCUUGGCUUCCCCUGUAUGGCAACCUCUGCUGCCAGUUAGUGGCACAGCCUGCUUGUAUGACACAGAACAUGAUGACUGGCUACUUGAGUCAGAAGCAACGUGUGGAGGGGUUGGACCGCUGUUGCAGACUUUACUGUGUGCUGAGUGCUGGUUUUUUGUCCUGUUACUUCACCCCAGAAGAAAUUGAUGCUCAGUUGCAGCCUACUCUAAGUGUGCCCAUCAAUAAGGAGACCCGGAUACGUGUGAUGGAAAAGGACUCAGCAGGCAAAAAAUCCAGGAGUUUGUCCAUCAGCAACCCUUCACCAGAGGGUUCUCAGACCAUUGUUUUUAUCACAGACACCAGGGAUGAGCUGGAGGACUGGCUGGACGCCCUUUACCAGCACCUCUAUGAUCAGAGCCAGUGGCUGCACUGCUGCGACCGACUAAUGAAGAUUGAGGUUAUGUCACCACGAAAACCAUCACUCUUCCUCUCCAAGCAGGCUGACUCUGUUUACAACGACCUCAGUAUUAAUUCACCCAGCAAGUUUGAAAGCAUUACAGAUAUCAUUCACAGCAAAAUAGAGGAGACAGAUGGUUGCUUCCUGAUUGGUCAUGAAGAGAAGAAAGAGGUGCCUAAUUGGUCCACUCUGUUUGAUGGGUCCCAUUCAAUGGUGGUAGAGAAAGGUAUUCUGUCCCAGAGCAAAACCUCCACCCCUUGUUCAAGUCCUAACUCCAAGACCAGCUCUACUCCCCUCAGCAACAAAAAGCGACGUGCUCCACCCCCUCCAUCUGACAGAGAGCCUUAUGCUCCCCCUGCCCGUCCAGCCAGACCUCCCCUCCCUGCUUCUCUUCAUCAUCACCCUCCUCCUUCAUACCAGGAGAAGGAGAACUCUGGCACUUGCAUUUCACAUCCAGCGACAAGAUCCAAAACGGGAAGACCAUCUCUAGAUGCAAAGUUUUCUGCCAUCAUUCAGCAGCUCCAGCGGAACAAUGCCGGAGGCAGCACAGCUCACAACCGAAAAAAUGCUCCACUGGGCGUCCUCGAUGUGCACCCACAGGGUCAGUCUCAACCUCCUCCCCAGCAGCUGGACUCCCAGAACAACCACACCCAGACCCCUGAUACCACAACUGAUCAUGGUUUUGUCAGAGCCUGUAAUGGUCCCGGUCCUGUUCCUGCACCACGCAGCAAAGUGAGGAAGUCUUUCAGGGAGAGAAUGAACCUCAAAGCAUUGUAACCUCAACUUUAACCAUUUCAAUAUUUAGGUAACUACAGUAACAAUACCCUACCAUUAACAAAAAUAACUAAAGCAGCACUUUUCAACACUGAUAAAAUCUAAUCUAUAUCUGAGUUUAACUUUACCUCACUAGCGAUGAAAACUCCUUCAAUAGAUAAUAUAGACAUUAUAAAGGAAUAUUUUAUAACUUUGGGAAAUGCUCUUACCUUACAUAACUAUAAUCCCUGAGCCAGUUAGCUUUGGUUAGAAGUGUUUAAAACAGGAGGAAAUGACUAAUCAGUGUCUGCUUAAUGUGUAACAGGAACUCUAAACCUGCACAUUUAAAGUUCAUUAACUGAACAUAACACUACUCCCAGUAGUCACUGCUCUAGUGGAGAAACCGCAAGUGAUUAUUUCACCUACAUUUUUUGAAGAUAAAACAUGUUUUGUGAACUUUCAGAGGUGCUGGUCUGCAGAAUUUGUUACAUUUAAACAAAGCCAGGCUUGCUUUUCUCAUUCUUUCAGCCUCAAUGCAAACUUUCCCACAAACCCAGCUUCAUAUUGAGGUCACAAAUCUUUUCAUAUAACAGCACAACAUGAAAGCCUGUUUCCUAAAAUGUCAAAUUAUUAGAACUCAUUGUAUGGAUAGGUGAGGAGCAUUAAAAGGGGGAAUUUAAAAAAAUCUUUAUUACAGCCUCACAAAUUCCUGCUGACACCUCAUAUCACAAUGUCCAUACUGCACUGAGACGUCUCCUUCUCCACUUUCUGUAUAUCAAGUUUUUCAUGUGCAGCUAACCCAUAGAUGAAAUUGGAAGCUGUACACUGGCUUGAGCACCACUAUCAUCAAUCCAACUAAAAUGGAAAGGCUUAUUUCUUUGCUCUGCCACUGGAACAUGAACUAAAGAAAGAGCCUUUGGAAAAGCACUCAAAUUGGAAUUGAUCCUUUGGCUAACUGUGGACGACUCAUUCCUUUUGGAACUAUUGACAUAUUCUACUUACUGUGACGACUUUAUGACCACUAUAGCUGAUUUUAGAGAAACGUGAUUUUUAGGAGCAAUUGCAAGCACCAAUGUGACUCCUCCAUUCCCCCAGAGGUCUUAAUAAUAGAGUGACCUUGGUUUUUAGUGGCUACACAAUAUGUCUAACACAAUUUACCAUUGCAGCCAAUAAAUACUGCGAACAUAAUUGAAUGAAUGAGUCUUUUGAGUGGUUUAAAUAAUGAAUGCCCUUGUGUGUGUGUUUUGAGCAUACCCAGUACUGCAGCCAACUAAAUAUUUCAGCCACUUAAUGAUAUUGUAUUGAGGAGCAGUCAUCAUAAUUAGACAUGGUGCACAAAGGGUUUAGCUACUUUCCCUGAAACCGCACAUUCAGAUAAAGCAAUAAGGUAAAAGCUAUAGUAACUUUUUUGUUUCUUAUCUAGCCCUUCAAUUUCAGUUAAAUUUAGAGGGUAGAGAUGUAGAUUUGUGAGGAGGUGGAUUACAUGAAGGCUUAGUUUAAGCCUUAAAGGGGGAUGGGGAGAAAAUAGGUUGUACAAAGGGAGAUGCAGCUCAACAUUAGCAGUGUGCCAGAUGUUUCUUAUGCUUGCUGUGUAUUGCUGAUACAUUAGUCACUUUGAUCUUUUACUGUAUGCACCUGGAACAACAAGAAAUGGCUUAAAGCUAAAGCCUCCCAACAUUACUUUCCUUACUGAUGAUGCUGGGAUUACAUUUCAGACUGAAUGAUUUAGAAUUGUAUUGCAUUUUUACCUUCUCAUGAACAUCUUGGCUAUUCUCAGACUUAUAAGCACAGAACAGCAAUGCAUGUUAGCUUUACUGGCAGAUACUGUGGCAAACGUUUCUGUAUUAUUCUGGGUAAUUAAUUGUGUAGCCCUGGUAAAAGUGAUUUUAAAUGCAGGAAAUGCAGCCUUUUAUCAAGAAUCCUGGUAAAGAUGUAAAAAUGAAUAAAUGUCAUUUUGUUAACUGCAAAUACAGCAGAAGGGAUUUGUAGUUUUGAGCUGAUUAUGACUAAAUGUACUCUAGUUUUUUAUGGUUUACUGUCAAAUAUGAAUGUGUCUUCUGUCAAAUUAUUUUAGUGCAGUGAUGUUAAUGUACCAUUUAGUAGCAAUACAUCUUGUCCUAGUGCAGAAUAAUUUGUGUUUAGUGCAAUGUAAAAAUAUGCAUCUGUCGUAGCUAUUGUUUCUCAGAAAGUGCGAUUUCUUUUCACUCUGUUGUCUUGAAAGCUAACUGUAUUUUUAUUAUUGCUGAUCUGCAAUAAAACGACCUACAUUCUA